AUCGACUUUUCGAUGAGAAAAUAAUUUUAAGUCAACGAAUUUUCAACCUCUCUCACAUUACAUUUCUUCCCUUUACAAAGCAACAAACGUACAUAUGUAUUUCCAUUGGAAAAAUAAAAAAUAAAUAAAUAUAAAACAACCUAAAUUAAAAUGUGCUGCCCCUACACAAACAACUGCAACAAUAGCUGUCGAGCAGUUACAUUGGAUAGUGUACCCUUUUAUUGUGACGCCCAAGAUUUGAACGAAUGGAAACGUUUCAUGAUCGAAAAAUUCUGGCCUGAAGACGGACCACGCUGUCACUGUUGUGGACGCAUAAAAUGCAAGAAUCGUGGUUUAUUGCAUAAACUAUGCAUGGUACCAGGUAUGACAGGACGCACCAUGUACGACAUACUCACAAAGUUGGAUCCGAACUUCAACUUCCAAGAAAACUGGACAGAUCGCAGUGGUAAUGAAAGCAAUGGAAACAGAUUGCCGUUAACUGGCGUCACCGACUUCCAAGAGAAAUGGACAGAUCGCAAUGGCAAUGAAAGCAAUAGGAACGGAUUACCGUUAACUGGCGUCAAAGGUGACCAUUCGUUGAGUACGCUACCGAACGAUCCCAAUUGGUUGAAGAAUUUCAAUAAUUUUUACAAACAAGCUUGUUUCACUGGUUUCGACAGAGAAUACGCCUACAAAAGAGCCCAUAAGCCAUAUGAUGACAAUUAUUUCUUAAAUUAUCACAAAAGUGAUUAUGAGACGUUGCGUAGUGAAUACGAUAGGCGUAAUCGUUCGGAAAAUGAAGGAGAGCGUGAGCAACGUGGCAGCCGAAAUCGUAGAAGACGUUCGAGAGGUAGUGGUGGAAGCCGCAUGCGCGGUAGUAAACAACGCCGCAACACAUCCAUUCACUUGCGCUAUCGUCAGUUGAGGGGCUCGAGUAAUUCCAAUCCUAAUGCUAACGCCGACACCAAUCGCGAUUCCAUUUCCAAUAGGCCCGCCGACAGACCCUCGAUAGGCCCACCCUUAAGUCAUCACACACUGAAAAAUAUAUAUCGCCUGCUAGAUGCUGUACGUGAGAAGCGUAAGGAAAUGCUCCACAUUCCAGUCGCCGUGCUCUAUCAUAGACCAAGUGUUUAUCAAGAAUUCUUAUCGCCAGGAGAUCUGAAGGAAAUCCGCAAAACCCUCGUCGAAACUGGUUAUGACGCAAAAGGGUUGGCGGAAUUUCUAAAUUUAAUAGGUGACGCUACAGCGCGUUACGAUGAACCGAACAUAAUCGAACCGGUAAUUAGCACAGAGCCCGCGCCGCAGAAAACGGCAUUCACCGCUAAUGAUUUGGAAAAAAUUGAGAAACAUUUCGUCAGGGUCAUAAAAAGAAACAACCAUUUGUAUAUUUAAUUGUGUGGAAAUCUUUCGGGACUGCGGCAUAAGCUUAGAAAUUAUAGAAAAAACAAAAUUGAUCUCCUCUGAUUGGAUCCUAAA